CGGAUUUGCCAAGGAACUUGAAACGGGCCAAGUUCUUUGGUAUUACAGAGAGCCACCUGCGCAAGACUAUUGAUAUUCCUGGGACCGAUAUCACAUUUGAACGCACUCAUUGCCCUACAGACGACUACGAAGGCAAAAUCGAUCUGGGUUUCUUGGUAUUCUAGUCAAAACGUUUUCUAAUGGUGCGCAUUUCUCUCAGGGAAUAGGUCUGAUAAUCGAUGGUAGUGCUUCUUCUCGUGACUCAUUAGAUCCGUACUUUACAACUAAGUCGAGCAACAUCACUUUACAAGUAAAAAGAAUCCAAAUUCAGGCACUUGAAUCCUACGCACAUCCUCGAUUACCAUACCUACUUCGCAUCUUGUUGUUGUAGAAGAAGCAGAGACUAAAAACUGUCAAGACUUUUUAUGUUUAAUAAAUACAAACGCAACACUCUUAGACCUUCGAACAAGCACGGGACACACUUAAAAAAGUGAACAAGAAUAUUGCGAACCUGCAGCUUCGGUGUUACCCAAAAAAACCUUACUACGAAAUUAGACGGGAGUUAUCAGAAGUACCGAAGCAGUUCACCCCAGAAACGUGGCCUGCAGGCAAAGUGCGCAAAUACAUCUGGGAGGUACAUCUAGACUAGAAAUUCCCUUUUUUACUUACCUAGGUUUUUGCAGGUGCCAAGAUGUGCGUUAUAUAUAGUAUCUGUAAGUCUAAGAUCGUAGUAGCCUCGUGCUCGUGCUUGAUUGAACUCCUGAAAAGCGUAGGCCCGCUUCUUAUUUCAGACUCAAACUCUACUAGAAUGCGAUAGGGUCGCUUCAUCUCAUCAACUUUUUCCUUUUCUUGUUUUCAGUUAAAAACUCCGACGAGCUGCCGUUCUAAGGAUAUCCGCGUUCUAUUGGGCGAGAAUAAUUGGAAGAAGAGUGGACCCAGUUUUUUCGUAACCCUUGACGACGACGCGAAGGAGGUGCUACUAAGAUUCUUCCUAAAGUCAUUUUUAUCACACUCUUGCUCCCGUUUGAGUAGGAGCCUGCGCUAGUCUUAUCUAUCAUGGUUCGUCUUCUUUCUCAGAGCUUGUUUCUGUUUUCAAGAAUUUCGUCAAAAGGUUUUGCCAUGUCUCAAGAAACAUUAUCUCAUCCCAGUUUUUGCGAUACGGCUGCGGAGACGACGGCGACGAGGUGGCUUCAAUUCGCGAAAAUUUAGACAAAAUGAAGAAUAGCGAGAGCAAGGCUGUGGGGGAGCUUGGGAAGAUCGCCAAUUCCAUGGCCAAUGAAAGCGGAGGCAUUGUACUACUACUACUUAGAUUCAUUAAGAAAGUUUUUUGCUAGUAGAGUAUAAGCUUAAAGUUCUACUACGUCAAAUUCCAGUUAGUUAUGGCAUCUUCUAGCUGGAGCUUGUUCUAGUUGGAGAAGACAUAAGUUACGGAGGGCCAUAGUUUGGGUGGAACUGCAUUCCCGUAGUAGCUAGUAACUAGACUGCAUUCCCGUAGUACUGACAGGUACUGGAUAUUUAUUGAUGCGAUCCAAAUUGUCGCACUUCUUAUACUACGUUAAGAACAAGAUCUGGCUCUACUUUUAUCUGAAUAAUUACAGUACGUAGGUAGAGGCACGGCAUAACUUUUUCAGAUUUUCAUCUCUUCAAAAAAUGUUGUCAAGGUUCCGGAUUUAUCCAAAAUACCCAACUUUCCACUUUUCUUUCAGUAAGUUUUGGCUUUGUCAUGCUUGUCAUUGGUCUCAGGUGCCGCGCCGUAAUGCAUCUGUUGAUGAAGCAGCGAAAGCAAGCCUUGAAAGCCCUGGCCUCGAUGGUGUUGAACUAGAUGUGGACGCCUUGGAGCAGGAAAGCAAGUUCAGUCCCGUGUACUGUCAAGACAAGGAGCUGCAGGAGAGAGGAGUUUUGUUUGGUCCGCCUGAUGAUGAUCAUGCACCACUCGAGGACGAGGACGCAAACAACAAGAAGGAAAAUAAGCAAACCAAAGCCAUGACGAAGCCCAUGAAGAUGGUAGUAGCAAUGAAGAGAAAAAAUAAGAAAAAUGAUGAAAAUCCACCUUCUCCGGUUUUUAGCAGCCAGCAACAAGAAGAGUCCAGCGUGUCUCCUCCUAAGAAGAUGAACAAGAAGAAGAGUGCGGCAUGUGAGGUGGCAGGGAAGCGCUCAUCUUCUCCCAGAAAACAAGAGAAACAAGUUACUUAUCGUGACGAGAGUGGCAAGCUAUGCUAUACAUCUUCUCUACAAGACAAAUGGUUUCCACGAACUGCGCGACCUGCUAUGCCAAUGGCCUGUGCGACGAAGAUGUGGGAUGGGAUUCAAAACAUGAUUCGCGAAGAUCAGAAGGAGUAUCUCGCAUCUGCUACUACUACCACUACUACAACACGAUCAUGCGCCACAGCUUAUCAUCGCAUGAACCUGAACAAGAAGUCUAGAUAUGUAUUACGCGAGGCAUGGGAGAUGUUUGGGGCGCAAUACUUGCGCAGGAUGGAAAUACUGGACAAAGAAAAACUUCUAGGAACGCAAACUAGUCUGCUAAUCGACCCUGAUCUACGGCGACAGCAAGUGCGGGAUCACGCUCUGGGUGA